CGUGUUAUAGAGAUCUUACAAGAUUAUGGAUUGUAUGGGGUGGAGAAAGUGGGUGGAUUACAGUUAGAUUGGGCUCUGAUUACUUCUUUAGUGGAGAGAUGGAGACCCGAGACACAUUCAUUCCAUCUUCCAUUUGGAGAGGUGGGAAUUACACUACAAGAUGUUGAGGUUUUACUUGGAUUGCCCGUAGAUGGCAUUCCAUUGUCGGGGGGCACUAGUCGGUCAAGAGAUCAAUGGAUUCAGAUUUGUGAUGACAUGAUGGGUUUGAUACCUGAACCAUCUGAUAUUACGUCUUCUACGAUUAAGAUAUCUGCAAUUGAACCGAAGACGCUGACAGAGCACAGUGUAGAAGUUGAUUACCAACAGCAUGCUAGAGCUAUCAUGUUUAAGUUGAUGGGUGGUAGCUUAUUUCCCAACACGACGGGAAAUAAUGUUAGUUUGUAUUUGUUGGAGGUAAUCAUGGGUGACUCUGUGCUGGUGCGGGGUCGUGCCAUAGGUGCUGUGGUUCUUAGUUUCUUACCUAGGGGUAUUGUACCAUUGGAGCAGCUGGUUAAUGUUCCAUAUGGAGUCAGAUGGGUGUGUUAUCAUCGGUGGUCAGAUUGUACGACACACUCCUUACGAACUUACAGGAACCAGCUAGAUAGGUUGCUCGAUGGAGAGUUGGUUUGGAUGCCGUAUCCGAAUGUCGAUACCCUACCACCCUGUUGUUCGGCCGGACUCCGAAUAUGGAUAUCACGCAUCCCUUUGAUCUACGGAUAUGUCGUGGAGAUGUACUAUCCGGGUCGAUUUUGCAGACAGUUUGGUGCCCGCCAACGUGUUCCUCUCGAUGUUGUCUAUCCUGUAUGGCAGAUUGCCAUCAGCGCCUUGAUCCAGCAUCCAAAAAUCAAGAAGCCUACAACUGGCUUAAUGCCAUUCCAGAACACAAGUGGGCUUUGUCACAUGAUGAAGCACCACGCACAACAAGGGAUAUACUCUGUGGUGGUGGAUGGGUCAUCCUACAUUGCUCAACGGGAGACAUUUACGGUGAACUUAAAUGCACGAACAUGUAGUUGUGGUCAAUGGUCCUACAUCAACGCUUACUCUGGCAUUAUAAUGCCGCUACCGGAUGAGUCUCAAUGGCCUACUCCAGAGUACGAGAUCCUGAGGCCAACACCACGACAGAGCACACGAACCGACCGACGUAUGAGAACCCGCUAUCCGAAUAACAUGGACUAUCGACCACGGAGACAUCCUAACGAGGAAUAGCUUUGUCAUGAAUUUCAAUUAUGUCUGAGUUUAUGUAUUAUUAAAUUUUACAAAUAAGUCAGUCAUGGAUUGUGUUUUGGCUUCUUCUUUUUAUGAAUAAAUUGUUAUAUGUACUCUAGCAAUAAAAUUAUUGUGUUUUG